AUCUCUACAAUGUAUUUUCUUUUCUUGGACAGCACGAUGUUCUACAGAUAUAGCUUGUCUUCUCAGGUUCCUCAGAUGUUUCUCCCAUGCUUUAUGGUCGAGUUCUUGGUAUAUGUCUUAGUCUUUUGACCCUUGACAUGGGAUGAUGUCUCCAGACAUCGGUCAGCUGCUACCCCUUAUCACAUAUAAUUUCUAACAAUAUCACCACAUCCUCUUUGUUCGUGCUUUCCCAAUUCUGCUUUAUCGAGACGCCAUUCACCGCCAUAAUACCUAUUCUCACCAACCCUGUAAGGAUCACCUUGAGGAUAGACAGGUAGACAUGCCCAGACGAGUGCUCAUUGGUUUUGGUAUUGACGUGGACGCAGUGGCAGGAUGGCUUGGCUCCUAUGGCGGAGAGGACUCUCCUUUGGACAUAUCCAGGGGCAUGUAUGCUGGAGAAGUCGGAGUGCCGCGAUUGUUGAAGCUUCUCGACAAAUAUUCUAUCAAAACUACUUGGUUCAUUCCUGGUCACAGUUUGGAAACAUUCCCUGAACAGAUGGCUGCUGUUCGCGAUGCAGGUCACGAAAUAGGACUCCAUGGCUACUCCCACGAGAACCCCGUCUCAAUGACCGUAGAACAACAAAGGGACAUCUUGGAUCACACAUACAAGUUGCUCACCGAUUUCAAUCAUGGCGUUCCACCCAAAGGUAGCGUUGCUCCAUGGUGGGAGACAAGUAAAGAAGGGACCAAUCUCCUGUUGGAGAAAGGAAUCGAAUAUGAUCACUCAAGUAUGGCACACGACUGUCAAGCAUUUUAUCUUCGUGAUCAAGAUACUUGGACAAAGAUCGAUUACAGUGCCAAAGCUCACACAUGGAUGAAGCCGUUGCAAAAGGGAAAUGAAACAGGGCUUGUCGAGAUACCCGCAAAUUGGUACUUGGAUGAUCUCCCCCCUAUGAUGUUCAUCAAGUCCAGUUCAAAUUCCCAUGGAUGGGUAAACUCCAGGGACGUCGAACAGCUGUGGAAAGAUAUGUUCACGUACUGUUAUAGAGAAGAAGGUGAUUUUAUCUUCCCUAUUACCAUUCAUCCAGAUGUUAGUGGCCGUCCUCAUGUUCUCCUGAUGCUGGAACGAUUCAUUCAGUGGGUUAACACACACGACAAUGUUCACUGGGCUACUUUACACGAAAUGGCCUCUGAGUUCAGAGCUAAAAAGGAGCCCGUCCCUGGGGCAAAGAUGCCCAAAGGGUUCCCGCAAUUGAAAGUGAAAAGUCGGCUAUAACAAAGAAAUGAAGCCUGAAGCAUCACUAACUAUAGGUUCUCGAGAGAUAUCCGUCGGCUGCCCGUUUGUGUACUUAUAGUAUCUUGUUCCUUGCUUAUGCCACUUCGUUCUUUAUCGUAAA